UGCCGAGCAGUCGAAUCGAUCCGUGGUGCUGAGACCUCCAUUUUUGGGAAGCAGAGCAAGAGCGACAGUGAGACAUCCAUUGCCGUUUGUUCCCGAUUGUGUUUGCGACGACGAUGACAACGUGAUCAAUAGCAUAAUAUAACCAGAACUGCCUUCGAUUGUCGCCGUUGUUGUUGUUGUGUUGUGGCGGAAGAAGGCCAUAGUGUGUCCAGAGAGGAAGAACAGUGUCAGAAAACAGUGGACCGUGACAAUAGAAGCGUGAAAGCUGCAAUUGCUGGAACAGAAUAGAACAAAACCAGGAUCAAUAGAGGAUCAUCGAAAGGCAUCGAAUUGUGUCAUAUCCUGUCGAGUGUAUCCACUUGUGUGUGCGUGUGUAGGUGUGCCGCAUUUCGUGUACGUGUGCUUUGAUCAGUUGAUCACACAGAAGAGUUCUGUGUAGAGGGCUGUUGGAGUGGCUGUUUUGUGAACGAGAUAGUGACACAAAAUGAUUAAUCAUCACACGAUGGCGAGCCUGGGGCAUCCGCAUUACGGGUUUAGCCUCGGGAAUGGGAUGGAGCUGCCCCCGGCGGCCGACUUUGCACCCCAACCCAACCACAGCCCCAACUCGGUCGAGCAUCAUCUGAAGCGAAAUCAUCUGAGCUUCGGGGCGACCUCGUUGGCCGGUCUGCAGAGUCAUUCGGCGGCCGCGGCCGCAGCUGCAGCAGCCGCACAUCAUGCCGCAGCACACCAUCACCACGCCGGUGGCCUCUCGAUGGGUGGUGCUGGCGGUCCUGGCAGUGCUGGCGGUGGUGCUGGAGGCGUCGGUGGCGGUAACUCCCUCGGUGUCAACGGACAGACCUCACCGGGCCAGGAAGGUCACAUUAAGCGACCGAUGAACGCGUUCAUGGUGUGGUCCCGGCUGCAGCGUCGCCAGAUCGCCAAGGACAAUCCGAAGAUGCACAACUCCGAGAUCUCGAAGCGGCUCGGAUCCGAAUGGAAACUGUUGACCGAAUCCCAGAAGCGGCCCUUCAUCGACGAAGCCAAACGUCUGCGGGCGACGCACAUGAAGGAACAUCCGGACUACAAGUAUCGGCCACGUCGGAAGCCGAAAAAUCCGCUUGCAUCGGCCGCCAAUGGACUCGGAGCACUCGGAUCCCUGCAGCAGGGUGGUAAGGCGGGUGGACUGAGUUCCUCGUACCCGUUCCAUCAGCUCCCGCCCUACUUUGCCCCCACACACCAUCUGCAGCAGCUCGAGCAACACUAUCCGCACGUUCCGUACUUCGGAAGCUUCGAUCCGUUGGCCCUCCAGAAGCUGCACCAAUCGCAACAGCAGAGCGUCCAGGGUGGUGCCGGCUCACCGAACGGUACUAGCAGUGUCGGUGGUCUCGGUAUGGGUGGUAGUGGUGGUGGCGGUGGCGGUCUCGGGGAUCUCGGUGUCAAGCAGGCAUCCUCCCAAUCGAUGCCACCGACCUCACUCAGCUCGUUCUACUCGAACAUCUACAGUGGAAUCUCGGCGGCGGCCGCUGCCGCUCCCCUCUACGCGGCCCACUCCGCCAGCAGCCUUUACAACACCUCGUCCACCUCCUCGGCAUCGCCAGGAUCGAGCCCGAGCGCCUCCCAGUCUACGCUGCCUGAUCUCGACAACACGAUGCGAAGACCGGUGCAGGUCAUCUACUAAGUCUGGUCCCCUCUCUCGACGGGGAUCAGCCUACUACCCUUUCCUGUACAUAGUGUGUAGUCUAAAUGUGCACUCUGACACCCCCUUCCCGUCCCUUCCGUGUUUCUUUUUUCCCUUGUUCUUUAAUUUAUUGCGUCGCUGGCGAUGGUGAUCGCAGGUUACGACCGAUCGCUUCGCUCCGUCCUUCCGCGCGAGGAUCAUGAUGAUCGCCUGGAUUCGGCGAUCAUCAUUUCGAUUCUAGUGGAAUGGACUGAGCAGUCCCUCUCUCUCUCUCUCAAUCUCCUUCCCCGUAUCUUUCCCCAUCUCUCAAUGACGUCUAUCCCGGACGCAGGACACGUAAUAACCGUAGGAACCGUUAUGCCUCUCGUCGAUUUCGUUUUGGGCCGCACCACCGCACCGCACCACGUACCACGUUCGUUUGGUUUGGUGCGGCCCAGUUUUACCUAGUGUUUUUCGCGUUUUAAGAUUUUGUUUCUAAUUUGUAACACACACACACACACUCCCGUGAGGCUAAGAAGCGUGUGGUGCGAGGUGCUGUACAUAUUGAUCACUGUGUGACCUCAGUUGGUGCGCCGAUUAGGAGAUAAGUUUAGUAAACGAAGAAGAAGAAGAAACAGAGAGUGUAGGCGUUAGGAAUAGAACGGAAAUCCAUUCCAUAGAGUACAUUCCAGCAGCAGCGCUGGAAUGGAACAUUUUAAAAAGCAGGAGUGCCCGUAGGGAUUCGUCAGUUAGGAACAGUGUGUGUGGCUGGCUGGCGGGGGGGUAUGUUUUAGGAUUAAGGAUUCGUUCGUUUAAUGCUAGCUAUUAAGCCUCCAUUCUCCCAAACUUCCGAGUUCCCAGACCCCAAAGUCCAUCAUCUCCAGACCUUCCAAAGUGUAAACGACGAAGCCCAGAUAGUAGAUAGGAUAGGCAGGCGUCAGCGGAAAUGAGCGUUGUAGGACUAAGAAGAAGUUGCAGGAUCUCUCUCUCUAUCUCUCGUUUCGUUCUACAUCGUCCGAUGAGAAUUGCAGGAAGGUAGCAAAUGAAGAAAAAUGUAAAAGGAGAAGGAUUUACUUGAUAAGUUUAUGGUGCGACACAGACACACAUCAUUCGCUCAUUCGAGUGUACUUUGUUUGUUAUCUAUCUCAGUAUUGAUUGGCCAUUGAUGGGCCGGCAGCUGGCUAGGAUUUUAAGUGGCUCAACGUGUAAAGGAUCGUACCGUGGUGUAGCAUGGGAGUCGAGAAAGUUGCAACGAACGAACACUGAAGGAACAAAAUAAAAAGAUUUGAAAACUA